AUGGCCCCAGCCCUGCAAACAACAGACCCUACGACCCAUCAAGCCGCCGAGCCGCAUCCAAACGAAGUCGUGUCACCCUACCACAAUGGAGCACAGGCUCAUUCCACGUCCACCGACAAUGUGAUCAGUCCUGAUUCCGAGGCAGACCCCUCAACCAUUAUGCGCAAGCUUAUGAAGGGGAAGGACAAGGAAUGGGACGCUGUUGUCUCCGUACGGUCGGCCAAGAACAAGCUCACCUUGCUCGAGCUGCCCAUCACCCACACGAACGAUCUCACUUCGCUCGCCCUGACAAACUCAAACCUCCAUAAUCUCGCGGUUCCUCACAUCUACUCCAGGUUCGACAUCGUCUGGCCCGAUGCCACACAGAUGACGUCGUCCGACUCUAAGAGCGUCGACGCCCUUACCUAUGGCCUCUCGACCAUCUGCCUUGGCAGCUCCUUCGCCCGCCGUACCCGCAAGAUGCUCUACCCAGGCUAUACACCCAGCUACAGCACCGCUGUUCGAAGACAGAAGAACGACUAUGCCAAGUACACGAGGAAGUUUUCGUUAGGCAACGGCCCGCACGACUGGGUGGCGGAAUACAUGAUUACGAAAGAGAGCGGCAAGAUGCUGGGCACGCUGGUGGCGCUGGCCAUCGAGAAGAUGGUCAACCUGGAGACUUUCGUUUGGGAUAUGCCGACUGGCGUUCUAUCGGACAUCUUCAUGGCGCUGGCCUCCAUCCCAGAGCAGUGUCCGGACGGCGAGUCGAAGCUCGAGAAGGUCUGGGUCAGAUGGCACGACAACUCAGAUGGUUCGAGCUCUUCGGCGGCGUCGAGUCCUCCUCCGCCGAACCCGCCUCACGUGACAGUGCCCGCCGGCAGCAACCUUACUGCGAUUGGUAUCCUGAUCCCCUCAGACGCCGUCCACCCGACACCGCGAGCUGCGAUACCCUAUGCCGAGUCCCGAGUCGAGUUCCCCACCUUCAGCGUGCUGCCUCCCCUCAAGAGUCUGACGGUCCUGGACAUCGACGAACUUGCUUAUCUGGAUGAGAUGGCGAUAGUCAUAGAGAGAUCCAAAGACAGUUUGCAGGAGCUUCGCGUCGGCAUAUCCCCGAAGGCCAUCUACAAGGACUUCGUUCAGACCUGGGACGGACCCGACUUGCGGCAAAUCGACCGGGACGCCAGGUGGCCCGGCGAGAGCACCAUCGGCGAGAGAAGGCUUGGCGGAGUCUUGGGCGUUCUAGUCGGCCGGGUGUACGACAUCCGUCGGAAGACGACUUCAAGAUCCAGAGAAAAGGCCCCACCAUCAUUAUCCCAGACGGCACAGCAGACAGACACAGCCCCUGAUUCGGACUCGACCGAGACCUCAAUCACUCUGGGAGACUCCGAGGACGCUGGAGCGGACGACUCACAUGCGGAUCGUGCGAUCGAGCCACACCCCGGGCAGACCGCGGAUCACGCCACGGGAACAGGCCUUGCCUCAAAUACAAAAGAGCAAGGCCACAUCCAACCAAUGGAAGCUGUGCAGUUCGGCAAAGAGCCUGCGACGGGUGACAACAUUGCCAAUGAUGCGUCUUCCAAGGUAUUACGAAAGAGAUUGGACGGCAAGCUCAAGCUACGGACACUCGAGCUUGAGAGGGUCCCUCUUUCGAUCCAAGUUUGCUGCCAGGCGAUCGACUGGACAGUCUUGACGACGCUGACUAUACUCGAAUGCGCUCAGCAUGAGCAUCUCUGGAAGGCCUUGCGGAGGCAGUUUGGACCCACUCCGAUAACGAGACUCGGAUCGCAUCAUCACCAAAUCAGCCCUCACAAGCAGUCUAUGGAGUAUCAUCUCAGCCUCAAGAGCAUUCAUACCGACGUCACUUCGACGCCUCUGAUCAGCUUUCUCAGAGAUACCUUGGCGCCGAACAGCCUGGAGGUCCUUUUUCUGCAGGACCGGAGACGAGCGAGUGGCCCGCCAGCCGUAACUAUUGAACAGAUCUUUAAGGGGGUCAUCAAAAAGCAUCGGUCGAGCUUGCAAAAGGUGCUCCUUGACAGCUCGGACAGGAAGCGUGGUGGCAGCAAUGCGCCGACGGAUUCUUCCCGUUGGCGCAAUUGGGUGGUGCCAACGGAUAUGUUGCUCUACAUGACCAGCGGGCGCAUGGCGAACCUCAGGGAGCUCGCCGUCUCCCUGUACUACAAAGAUUGGAGACUGCCAAAUGCUCCACAACUCAGAUCACUCAAUCUACAACACAUCGCUGACCACAUACUCGGCAACUUCGAUGCGAGAGAGUUGGCCCUACAGCUGGUGGACAUCAUAACCCUGCGCCCGGAGAUCCAGCUCUGCUACGUGGGUAUUUCCACUAAGUGUUUCGAAAUCUUGGAGAGCAAGCCAGUGGAGGAGAACGGCGCUUCGACGACCAGUAUCACGACCGAUCCCGCUGUAACAGGUCACGAUUCCGGGAUCGACGGCGAGGACGAGGAAGAGGAUGAAGAAGACGGCACGGACGAUGAGACGGCGAGCCAGGUGGACGAGGAGACCUCCGAAGAGGAGGGGGAAGAUGAUGAUACCCCGGCGAGUGCGGUGGACGUGGAGGACUCGCAGUCGGAGGCGUCCGCGGCUGCGCAGGACUCGGACGACGACGACGAUGACGACGACUCGAUGCGAGACGUGGACUGCAAUCACUCGCGGCCGCGUCUCCGGCUUCGCGAGAUUCUGUUUUACGACGACAAGGUGGCAAUCUUCAAGGCUAGGCACGGGAGACUGUGA